UCUUUAUUGCAUAGAAUUCAAUUGAUCAAAUAAAUGCAUAAAUUUUGAUAAUCAAACAUCAAAAUUAGAAUUUUAUUGGAGAUGUAACUCUUAAUGAGACUGAGAAUUUAUUUCUUUCAAUCCCAUCCAUGGAUGAAUAUCACCAUUGCUAGAAUGAGACAGGUUUAGCAUCAAUACUAAUCCUAUUUUUCGUCUUUUAUACAUGUAAGAGCUGAUAAUCUUUGUUUACAUAAAUAAGCAGAUUCCCAUCUAGGAUUUAUUGAAUCUGCUGAAUACAAUUCUUUAAACUCCUUCAAAGUUCUAUGCCAAAUCACAUUGUGAUCUACCAUCAAUUUUUUUAAUUUAAAUUUUCAAUUACUUUAGAUUUACAGAAGAAUCACAGAUAGUUCAGAGUUCCCCCAUAUAGCCUUGAUCCAGCUUCCCCUGAUGUUGACAUCUUAAAGCACAGUACAUUGAUCAGAAAUUAGAAAUUAACAUUGCUGUAAGAGUAUUAACUACAGACAUUGUUAAUUUCACCAGUUUCUCCACUAAUAUCCCUUCUCUGUUCCAGGAUCUAAUCCAGGAUACCACACUGCAUUUAGUUGUGAUCUCCUUGUCUCCAGAGUUUCUCAGUCUUUUCUUGUCUUUCAUGAUGUUGACCGUUUUGAAGUGUACUUAUCAGUUAUUUUCUAGAAUGUCUCAAUUUGGAUUUGACUGUUUCCUCUUGAUUAGACUGGGGUUAUGAAUUUUGGGGGAAGAAUUCCAGAAAUGAAGUCUUUCUCAUUGCAUCAUAUCAGGGGGCAAAUGAUAUCAACCUGAUUUAUUACUGGGGUGUUAACCUUGACCACUUAGCUAAGGUGGAGUCUGUCAGUUUUUUCACUGUAAAAAUUACUGUUUUCCUUUUUCACAUUUUAUUGUUUAGAAGUAAGUCCAGCCCACACACUCAAGAAGUGGGAUUCAAGCUCUACCUCCUGGAGGAAGCAGUAUCACAGAUUUUGUGGCCAUAUGUUAAAACCGCCACUAUAACUAUUAAAUAUUUGGGGGGAGAUACCUUGAGUCUGUGAAAGUAUUGUUUCUUCUUAAAGUUUCACCCAUUACUUUUAGACUUUAUCACCAACAAUUUUUAAAAUAAUCUCUCAGCUGGUAACUCAAUUAUGUCCUCCUUCAAUUUUGUUGAAAGCAAAUACUUGGGAACCAAUUGCAAAAUCCAAAUACCUACAUAUUUCCAAGUGUUCUUGUGUCUGGAAUCCCAUAGGUUUGUACACCCUCAGGCAGUACAUCAUAGAUCUGAUUCAGGAUUGGAGAGAGGUAUGCCCUUCUUUUGUAAAAUGGGAGAAAAGUGUGUCCUUAGGCAACUUUGGAAAAACGAGGAUGUACACAUUGAUUUCCUGAAAACUGUCCUGGUCUGAAUACUUCAUGAGGUUAGUAUUCUCGAGUUUGAAGACAUGGCUCUAAAUGAUUCUACUCCAGUGAUUUCACCUACCAAUACUGCCGUUAAUUCCUCGAGUUCUUACCUUUUGUCGAUACCUGUUCCUUUCUCCAAGGCAAAUCUUUCAACCAGUAAGUCCUCUAGCAACUUGGCUUCCUAAUUUGGGCUCCAUUUUCUUUCUCUUACAAUAUUAAGCGGCUUGCAGCUUCCAGAACACACACUGCUGCUUACCUCUACCACCUGGAUAUUCCAUCCAUAUCCCCUCUCCGCCUCGCCCUGUGUAGCUGGGGCUCUGGAUUCACAGUCUAGGCUAGACGGCCACUUGAAAACGUGCUCCAAGUGGCAGAUCUCGAGGGCUGUAGAGCGACCUGCUUCUGGGGCGGGGCAGUGAGUGCUAGCUAGCGUUUGUAGACGUUUUCCACAUUUCACGGUGAGGAAUGUUUGCUGCACAGCACAACCUUCAGAGUCCGUAGGCACCCAGCGCUCUCAAGGCGCCUCGACUGCGCGGUGAUUUCCAGUGUCCAGCCCUGAAAUGCAGUAAGUCCUAGAGAAAAGCCAACUAGUAUUCUUGCCUCCAACGCCUUCACCCGGAGCAGUCCAAACUCAGAGACCCCGCCCGCCUCGGCCUGCCCGCCCCACCUUAAAGUGGGCUGGGAGUGCCCGUUCCUCAGGCAGGCUGCGGACCCAUCAAGGGCCUUUACUGUUUGAAGAUUACAAAGCCAGGCAGCAACUCACGCGAGACGGAGAUAGUAUUCUCGCGAGAACUCUGGGAGGCGGCAGUGAUGGCGGCGGCGGGAACCGGACCCGGACCCGGAGUGGAUGCAGGACCCGGCCCAGCCGCGGCCGCAAAUGCAACAGCGGCGGAAGAAGGGGAGACAAAACCGGUGGUAGCGGUGGCAACUGCCCCGGCUGGAGAGGGGACAUCUGUUGCUCCAGCAGCGGAACCCGGUUCUGGAGAGGCAGAAAGCGGGGAUGCAAAUUCAGUCGACGUAGGUGGUGGUUUGGAGACAGAAUCCUCUAAUGGAAAAGAUACACUAGAAGGUGCUGGGGAUACUUCAGAAGUGAUGGAUACUCAGGCUGGAUCGGUGGAUGAAGAGAAUGGCCGACAGUUGGGAGAGGUAGAGCUGCAGUGUGGGAUAUGUACGAAAUGGUUCACAGCUGACACCUUUGGCAUAGAUACCUCAUCCUGUCUACCUUUCAUGACCAACUAUAGUUUUCACUGCAAUGUGUGCCAUCAUAGUGGGAAUACCUAUUUCCUCCGGAAGCAAGCAAACUUGAAGGAAAUGUGCCUUAGUGCUUUGGCCAAUCUAACAUGGCAGUCCCGAACACAGGAUGAACAUCCGAAAACCAUGUUCUCCAAAGAUAAGGAUAUCAUACCAUUUAUUGAUAAAUACUGGGAGUGCAUGACGACCAGACAGAGACCUGGGAAAAUGACUUGGCCAAAUAACAUUGUUAAAACAAUGAGUAAAGAAAGAGAUGUAUUCUUAGUAAAGGAACAUCCUGAUCCUGGGAGUAAGGACCCAGAAGAAGAUUACCCCAAAUUUGGACUUUUGGAUCAGGAUCUUAGUAACAUUGGUCCUGCUUAUGACAACCAAAAACAAAGCAGUGCUGUGUCUACAAGUGGGAAUCUAAAUGGGGGAAUUGCAGCAGGAAGCAGUGGAAAAGGAAGAGGAGCCAAGCGCAAGCAGCAGGACGGAGGGACCACAGGGACCACCAAGAAGGCCCGGAGUGACCCUUUGUUUUCUGCUCAGCGCCUUCCCCCUCAUGGCUACCCCUUGGAACACCCGUUUAACAAAGAUGGCUAUCGGUAUAUUCUAGCUGAGCCUGAUCCCCAUGCCCCUGACCCUGAGAAGCUUGAACUUGACUGCUGGGCAGGAAAACCUAUUCCUGGAGACCUCUACAGAGCCUGCUUGUAUGAACGGGUUUUGUUAGCCCUACAUGAUCGAGCUCCCCAGCUAAAGAUCUCUGAUGACCGGCUCACUGUGGUUGGAGAAAAGGGCUACUCCAUGGUCCGGGCUUCUCAUGGGGUCCGGAAAGGCGCCUGGUACUUUGAAAUCACAGUGGAUGAGAUGCCGCCGGACACUGCUGCCAGACUGGGGUGGUCCCAACCCUUAGGUAACCUUCAAGCUCCCUUAGGUUAUGAUAAAUUUAGCUACUCGUGGCGGAGCAAAAAAGGAACCAAGUUCCACCAGUCAAUUGGCAAACACUACUCUUCUGGCUAUGGACAGGGAGACGUCCUGGGAUUCUAUAUCAAUCUUCCUGAAGACACAGAGACAGCCAAGUCACUGCCUGAUACUUAUAAAGAUAAGGCUUUGAUAAAGUUCAAGAGUUAUUUGUAUUUUGAGGAAAAAGACUUUGUGGAUAAAGCAGAGAAGAGCCUAAAGCAGACUCCCCAUAGUGAGAUAAUAUUUUAUAAAAACGGUGUCAAUCAAGGUGUGGCCUACAAAGAUAUUUUUGAGGGGGUUUAUUUUCCGGCCAUCUCACUGUAUAAGAGUUGCACGGUUUCCAUUAACUUUGGACCAUGCUUCAAGUAUCCUCCAAAGGAUCUCACUUACCGCCCUAUGAGUGACAUGGGCUGGGGCGCUGUGGUAGAACAUACUCUGGCUGAUGUCUUAUAUCAUGUGGAAACAGAGGUGGAUGGGAGGCGGAGUCCGCCAUGGGAACCCUGACCAGGUCCCUCUUUGCAGACAUGGACUUUCUGGGGAAUAAAUUGGGGAGGGGGGCCUGUUUUUGUUUUUUAACUGUUGCAAACGUUCUCCCAAAGAUACUGCAGAACACAGACUCUGCUGUUAGCAAGUUAAAAGUGUGGGUGAGCCUGGGAGAGACUCCCUCCCCUUCAACACUCUCCCACUUCUGGUGACUGCUUCUGUUUUGUGUGCCAUACGCCAACAACCGCUGACCCUAGGAUCCCAUGCGCUCCCUGUGAAACUGGUGCUGUACCAUGUGUCCCACCAACUGGGACUUGAUACCUUACUGUAUUUUCUACAGAGUGAAUCAUCUUGUCCAAGUAGCUAAUUUAUUUAAAGACAUUUCCUUUUGUGGCAUUGACUUCAUCCAUCUGAUUUCCAAGGAAGUAAUAGGCCUGUUUCUGAGAACAGCUGAAACCAGUGGCUGUACAUUCCAGAUCUAAAAGGUCUUUCCUUUUGGUGUGGGUUUUUAUUCAUUUUGAAACAUUUUUGAACACUGGGGUCUCUGAAGCUACUAGGUCUCUAGAACUGUAAUUGUAAAAAGAACUUGCUUGCAGCUUUAACAAUUAGAAACCCUUCCCAAAUAAAACUUGUCUUCAAGUGUGUGUGGCACUUUGCUUCCCUUUCACGUUGGGUUCCUCUUGGGACAGGGAUAGCAAGGUGGGCAGUCUGAGGAAAGGUAGCCAGAAUUGGGGGAGACAGGCACGUUUCUGACUCUACCCCAAGCCCUCUUCUCUUGCUUCCAUUCUUUCCAGCCAACUCAACCACAGUCUUUAUCCUGUGAAAUCGGACUCUCAGGGAGGUGAACAAGAGUUUAAAAGGGCUAAUGGGGGAGUGCCUGGGUGGUUCAGUCAGUUAAGUGGCCGACUCUUGAUUUCAGCUCAUGAUCUCAGGGUCCUGGGAUCGAGCCCUACAUCAGGCUCCGCACUCAGUGGGGAAUCUGCUUGGGAUACUCUCUCUCUCUAUCUCUGUCAAAUAAAUAAAUCUUAAAAAAAAAAAAAAAUUUUUUUUUUCCCAAAUCUCAAGUGACUAUUAGUGUCUUCACGCAGUAGCUUUGACUAAUAUAUUUGUCUCCUAAUGAACCAUCCAGGCUCUUUGUCUUGGCCUUUCUGCAUCUCUUCACAUACUAACAGAGUCAGUAUGGUUGUAGGCUAAAGACUCCGUCUGUCACCGCUGGACACCUACCUAUUCAUUCAUGGCUGGUCUUAAAGGGCAGACUUGGUUAUAAAGCUGGAUGAUCAGAGUUUGAAGAACUCUAAGAGAAUGAGGGUAGUGCUCUUCAGAGGAAGCUGGAGGUAAAUUCUUUGUAAUACAAAUUACCACGUUACUUGUACACCCACCCUCCAUUUAAAUGAUAAAAUUUUUGUACAUUAGAUUCUCAUAAAUCAGGUUACAGAAGUAAUGAUUUUGCCUGUUUAUACAUGCGCGCGCGCAUGUGUGUGUAUGUGUGUUGAGAAGGUUCAUUUGAAGGGCUCACAGAAUACCCACUCUUCAUGUAGACCUCUAUAAAAUGGUCUCUGUAAGCAGAUCAUCACUGACAACUUACUUUAUUCCGAUGUAAAAUUAAACAAGUGGGAAAAUAUCUCCCAGUCUCCUCAAAGACACAGUUGCUUGGUUUGAAGAAGGCAAAUUAAAAUCAAGCUCAAAACUAUGGUAUGUGGUAAAAUCCCACUUUUUUGCUUUCAGCCUGUUCUUUUUUGAAACCAGAGUGUAUAUUGCUUCACACAUCUUUAAAACAAGUAAUCAUUUUCUCUUAGCUGGGAGUGGAUGAUAAUUCCGUUCUAGAAAUACUUAUACAACUAUCCUCUCUCACUCUGAAGCUCCCAGGUAAACAAUAUAUUUUUUAAAAUUUUUAUUUAUUUAUUUGACACACGGAGCACAAGCAGGGGGAGUGGGAGAGGGAGAAGCAGGCUUCCUGAUGAGCAGGGAGCCCGAUGCGGGACUUGAUCCCAGGACCCUGGGAUCAUGACCUGAGCUGAAGGCAGAUGCUUAACCAACUGAGCCAUCCAGGCGCCCCAACAAUAAUUUGAGCUAUGCUAAAAAUAGACCACUCUGAGAAACGAUCAGAAUAAAUAUAAAAAAUACUUCUCUGAGCUGUAAAAUUUCAGUAGCUCAAUAAAUAUCAGCAUUCCCACUCCUGCUGAGCUCUUUAAUAAAUAAGCUAGGGCUCUAUUUCCAAAUGCUUUAAAUCAUCAUU